CAACUCUGUUUCAGUCAGUCAAUUUCAAUCACAAGACCAUCGUAGCCAUAGAUUAUUUUAUUUCAUAAAAACCUGGUAGUAGUAAAUUCGACUCUUCAUUUUCAAUAGAGUAUAUUUUAAAUUUAAAUUCGUGUUGUGUUUAAUGUGAAUGAAUGUGAUAUUUUUCUAUUACAAUGUCAUUUGUAUCAUUUACGAAGUUGUGAAAAGCUGGUGUCAAAGUGCAAACCAACUAAUGAAUGAUGCAGUCUAUUUUCUGGACUGGCAGACUGUUGUCACGUGCUAUUAGAAAUGGACUUGCAAGUUUAUCCAGUGCAGCUGAACUGAAUGUUUCGAAUAGAAAGCAUCCUUAUUUAGUGUCUGUUGUGUGUGGUUUUCCAAAAGACAUUGCCAAUGGACGAACACGAAAAGGACAAUUUGGUGACGACGCAUGGUUUUCCACUAACUUUCACAAUGCGGAUGUUAUUGGUGUCGCAGAUGGUGUUGGAGGAUGGCGUGCGUACGGCAUUGAUCCGGGCGAGUUCUCCUCGUAUCUCAUGAGGACAUGCGAGAGGCUAGUUCAGAUGGGUCAUUUCAAAUUGUCUGAACCAGGCGACCUGCUAGCCAAGUCCUACUAUGAAUUAUUGGAACACAAAAAGCCAAUAUUAGGUAGCAGUACGGCAUGCGUCAUGAUUCUCGACCGCAGCGAGAGCAUAAUGCGUGCGGCCAACAUUGGCGACAGCGGGUACAUGGUAGUGCGCGGGGGCAGGAUCGUCCAUCGAUCGCACGAGCAGCAACACUACUUCAACACACCUUACCAGCUCAGCCUGCCGCCGCCUGGACACGACAGGAACGUACUUAGUGAUAGGCCCGAAUCCGCGGAGACAUCCGAGUUCGCGGUGGAGUGCGGCGACGUAAUACUGGUGGCGACCGACGGCGUGUUCGACAACGUGCCCGAGCCGGUGCUGGUGGCGGAGAUGCGGCGCGCGCAGGGGCUCGCCGGCGACUCGCAGCGGCUGCAGGCCGUCGCCAACUCCAUCGCGUGGAUGGCCAGGAACCUCUCCUUCGACGGCUGUUACAUGUCACCCUUCGCUAAGAGUGCACGUCAGAACGGCAUUGACGCGAUUGGUGGAAAGCCGGACGACAUAACGGUGCUACUCGCGAUCGUAGCGCUAUGAAGAUGUCCUAAUUGUGAUUUGUGUAGAUAUAUUUUAGGCUCGUUUUUGUUCAUUAUAUUGACGAAAUUAGUUAGUGACAACGCCGACACCAAAAACUUACAAAAUACGGACAUUUUUGCUUGGUUAAUUAUUAAUAUCAAACAUUUUGUUUGUCAAUUUACAUAAAGAGGAUGUCCCAUCUCCGUGAGCAUUUAAAUUGCACAGGUUGAAUAUGGUCAAUAUACAUCACAUAUUUAUUAGCAUUUUAUAAUAACGUUCAUAUUCAGCUUACAACUCAGGGGAAGGGAAAGGUGUGAGCGAAAAUUUAAUAUAGGUAGUCUCAAUAACUCAACACAUUACACAACCAUACAUACAAGUAUUUCUGUUGAAUACAGGGGGGAGGCAUUUGCCCUUCCCUGUCCACCUGGGUACGCCUACGUAUGUAAGUAAAGACCAAACAUAUUAUAACGGUGUACAAAAUAAAAUAUCAAAUCAAUCGUUCGAUUGAUAGUGCUGUGAUAUUAUUGAAAUGGGGCGUCAUCUUUACGUUUACUCGUCCGGUGGAUUAGCGCGCACUACGAACUAAUUUCUGCACGAUAUCUUUGAUUAUAUACAUUCGAGAUGGACUAGUACCGACAAAAAUGACGUAAGCUCUAUCUAUAAUGUAUGUAACCAUAGUGUCUCGAUUUUAUUAUCGCAGUGUGCUCUUCCUGAUAUUAGCAAAAGAGAAUUGUUUAUUCAAUUUAAAUCACGCUGUAAUUAUAAAAUGAUCUGAUUCUCUUUUUUCUUAAUUUACUGUGAUUUAGUUGAUAAUGCUUAUAGAGCAUGUUAGGGGUUUCUCUAAAUGACGAAUUGUCUAAUGAGCAAACAUUGCUCACUUAUGAGUUUAUACGUAUGUUCUACAGAUGCAAAA